GUCCACCAAGUGUGUUGAGGUGGGAAAGAAGUGAGUUUUCGCCUCACAGUUUUACACGACUUUUUGCCGUUAAAUCGACGGGAUCGCAUCUUACAUACCACUCAGGACUACAGAGGAGACUUCAGUUUUGAUCACUAUGGCAACAAACAGUGGCUCUGAUGACAUCAAUCAGAACGGAUCAAAACGGGACAUCCGCAACAGACGAGCCACCACAAAGUCCUACAGGUGUGAGGAGUGCAGCAGACAGUUCAGUCGGAUGAGUAAUCUAAAGGCUCACAUGCAAAGUCACACAGGUGAGAAACCGUACAGAUGUGAGGAGUGCAGCAGGCAGUUCAGUCAUUUGGGAAGUCUGAAGAAACACAUACGGACACACACGGGUGAGAAACCCUACAGAUGUGAGGAGUGCAGCAGGCAAUUCAGUCGGCUGAGUAAUCUAAAGACUCACAUGCAAACUCACAGAGGGGAGAAACCACACAGGUGUGAAGAGUGCGGCUGGCACUUUGGUAAACUGUGUAAUUUGGCAAGACACGUGCGAACUCACACAGGUGAGAAACCCUACAGGUGUGAGAAGUGUAGCAGAAAGUUUAGUCAGCUGGGAAGUCUGGAGAGACACAUACGGUCUCAUACAGGGGAUAAACCCUACAGGUGUGAGGAGUGCAGCAGAAAGUUCAGUCGGCUAAGUAACCUGAAGACUCACAUGCAAACUCACACAGUUUGUAAACCCUACAGGUGUGAGGAGUGCAGCAGGCAGUUUGGCAAACUCAGUAAUUUGGCAAGGCACAUACGUACUCACACAGGGGAGAAACCCUACAGGUGUGAGGAGUGCAGCAGGCAGUUCAGUCGGCUGGAAAAUCUGGAGAAACACAUGCAAAGUCACAUGUGAGACAUCCUACAGGAAUGAAUAGUGAGCUUUGUCAUUUUAAGUCUGAAGUGCAAAGUCAUACAAGGGACAACGGUUGGUGACCAAUGUUAGCAAGCUAACAUACAGAUGUUUUGAAUUUGGAUUAGUUAACUAUUUUUGGGGGGUAGGUGACCAAUUUUAGCAAGCUAACAUACAGAUGUGUUGAAUUUAGAGUAGUUAACUAUUUUUUGGUUGGUGACCAAUGUUAGCAAGCAACAUACAGAUGUUUUGAAUUUGGAUUAGUUAAACCAUUCUUGAUAGGUCCAAUAUUAGCAGCUAACAUACAGAUGUGUUGAAUGUAGAUUAGUUAACUAUUUUUUGGUUGGUGACCAAUGUUAGCAAGCUAACAUACAGAUGUGUUGAAUUUGGAUUAGUUAAACCAUUCUUGAUAGGUCCAAUGUUAGCAGCUAACAUACAGAUGUGUUGAAUUUAGAUUAGUUAACUAUUUGUUGGUUGGUGACCAAUGUUACGAAGCUAACAUACAGAUGUGUUGAAUUUGGAUUAGUUAAACCAUUCUUGAUAGGUCCAAUGUUAGCAGCUAACAUACAGAUGUUUUGAAUUUGGAUUAGUUAACUAUUUGUUGGUUGGUGACCAAUGUUAGCAAGCUAACAUACAAAGGUUUUCAAUUUGGAUUAGUUCACUAUUUUUUGGUUAGUGACCAAUAUUAGCAAGCUAACAUACAGAUGUUUUGAAUUUGGAUUAGUUAACUAUUUUUUGGUGCGUGACCAAUGUUAGCAAGCUAACAUACAAAGGUUUUCAAUUUGGAUUAGUUAACUAUUUUUUGGUUGGUGACCAAUGUUAGCAAGCUAACAUACAGAUGUUUUGAAUUUGGAUUAGUUAAACCAUUCUUGAUAGGUCCAAUGUUAGCAGUUAACAUACAGAUGUUUUGAAUUUAGAUUAGUUAACUAUUUUUUGGUUGGUGACCAAUGUUAGCAAGCUAACGUACAGAUGUUUUGAAUUUGGAUUAGUUAACUAUUUUUGUUUGGUGACCAAUGUUAGCAAGCUAACAUACAGAUGUUUUGAAUUUGGAUUAGUUAACUAUUUUUGGUUGGUGACCAAUGUUAGCAAGCUAACAUACAGAUGUUUUGAAUUUGAAUUAGUUAAUUAUUUCUGGUAGUUGACCAAAGUUAGCAAGCUAACAUACAGAUGUUUUGAAUUUGGAUUAACUAUUUUUUGGUUGGUGGCCAAUGUUAGCAAGCUAACAUACAAAUGUUUUGAAUUUAGAUAAGUUAACUAUUUUUUUUCGGUAGUUGACCAAUGUUAGCAAGCUAACAUACAGAUGUUUUGAAUUUAGAUUUGUUAACUAUUUUUUGGUUGGUGACCAAUGUUAGCAAGCUAACAUACAAAUGUUUUGAAUUUGGAUUAGUUAACUAUUUUUUGGUAGGUGAACAAUGUUAGCAAGCUAACAUACAGAUGUUUCGAAUUUGGAUUAGUUUACUGUUCUUUUGGUAGGUGAACAAUGUUAGCAAGCUAACAUACAGAUGUUUUGAAUUUGGAUUAGUUUACUUUUUUUGGUAGGUGACCAAUGUUAGCAAGUUAACAGCAGCCCCUAGCAGCCUGUUAUAGUACUACAGUGGAAUAUCUCUAGAUCAAUGGUCAAUAGCUUGGGAAAGAGUGACAUGGGUUUUGACGCCUGGCAUUAAAUUUUGUAACUGCAGUGGCGUUUUGCUAAAAUAUCAAAAGGAACGGCUGAUUUUCAUUCGAUUGUGUAGGUAGCGUGGACAAAGUUGUACAUAGUGAAAUUGAUGUUUACAAUUAAAUAUCUUUUUCGUUAUGCAUGUAGU